GGUGGCAGCCUCUCCAAGCAGGACUGGACCAUCCAGUGGCCCAGCACGGAACCCGGCAAGGAGAACAGCCCGGGAUGCCAACCAAGCCACUGGGGCAGAACUCACCUCUCCCAGAGCCCCAAGGUGAAUAAACUGAAGCCCCCCGGGACCCCUCCCCCUGCCUCGAGGAAGCUGAUCCACCUGCUGCCCGGAUUCACCGCCCUGCACCGCAGCAAGUCCCACGAGUUCCAGCUGGGACAUCGCCUGGAGGAGACACACACCCCCAAAGUCAAGAAGAAGAACAAGCCCUUGAACCUCAAGAUCCACACCAGCGUGGGCAGCUGUGAGAACAUCCCAGCCCAGCGCUCCCCGCUCCUCUCCGAGCGCUCCCUCCGCUCCUUCUUCGUGGGGUACCCACCUUUCCUUCCCUCCACCCCUCCUGUCCACACCGAAGCCACCUUCUCAGCAAACACGCUGUCAGUGCCUCGCUGGUCCCCGCAGAUCCCCCGGCGAGAUCUGGGAAACUCCAUCAAACACAGGUUUUCCACCAAGUACUGGAUGUCCCAGACCUGCACUGUCUGUGGGAAAGGAAUGUUGUUUGGCUUAAAGUGCAAAAACUGCAAGCUCAAGUGCCACAACAAAUGCACCAAAGAGGCCCCUCCGUGUCACCUGCUGAUCAUCCACCGAGGAGAUCCAGCGAGGUUGGUCAGGACAGAGUCUGUGCCCUGUGACAUCAACAACCCCUUGAGGAAACCCCCCCGAUAUUCCGACCUGCACGUCAGCCAGACCCUCCCCAAGACCAACAAGCUCAACAAGGACCACAUCCCAGUGCCCUUCCAGCCGGCCUCCAGCAGCAACCCCUCCUCCACCACCUCCUCCACCCCCUCCUCCCCAGCCCCACCGCUGCCCCCCAGCGCGACGCCCCCGUCCCCCCUGCACCCCUCUCCUCAGUGUCCUCGCCAGCAGAAGCAGUUCAACCUGCCAGCAUCCCACUACUACAAGUACAAGCAGCAGUUCAUUUUCCCAGAUGUGGUGCCCGAGACGCCGACCCGAGCCCCACAGGUCAUCCUCCACCCUGUCAACUCCAACCCCAUCCUGGAAGGAAACCCAUUGCUUCAAAUUGAAGUGGAGCCCACCUCGGAGAACGAGGAAGGCCCCGAGGAGAUCCAAGAAUCCGAGGACGACUUCGAAGAGAUGAACCUCUCCCUCCUCUCAGCCCGCAACUUCCCCCGCAAGGCCAGCCAGACCAGCAUCUUCCUGCAGGAGUGGGACAUCCCCUUCGAGCAGCUGGAGGUGGGGGAGCUGAUUGGCAAGGGCCGUUUCGGGCAGGUGUUCCACGGCCGCUGGCACGGGGAGGUGGCCAUCCGGCUGAUCGACAUCGAGCGGGACAACGAGGACCAGCUGAAGGCCUUCAAGAGGGAGGUGAUGGCCUAUCGGCAAACCCGCCACGAGAACGUGGUGCUCUUCAUGGGAGCUUGCAUGAGCCCUCCCCACCUGGCCAUCAUCACCAGCCUCUGUAAGGGUCGGACUCUCUACUCGGUGGUGAGAGACGCCAAGAUCGUCCUGGACGUCAACAAGACGAGGCAGAUAGCCCAGGAAAUCGUGAAGGGAAUGGGCUACCUGCACGCCAAGGGGAUCCUUCACAAGGACCUGAAGUCAAAAAACGUUUUCUACGACAACGGGAAGGUGGUGAUCACUGACUUCGGCCUCUUCAGCAUCUCGGGGGUUCUCCAAGCAGGCAGGCGUGAGGACAAGGUGCCUUUGAGUGCCCUGGGCACCAUCUGGUACGAGCUGCACGCCCGGGAAUGGCCCUUCAAGACCCAGCCAGCAGAAGCAAUCAUCUGGCAGGUGGGAAGAGGGAUGAAGCCCAACCUCAGCCAGAUUGGGAUGGGCAAGGAGAUCUCGGACAUCCUGCUGUUCUGCUGGGCCUACGAGCAAGAGGAGAGACCCACCUUCACCAAGCUCAUGGACAUGCUGGAGAAACUGCCAAAGCGCAACCGUCGCCUUUCCCACCCAGGGCACUUCUGGAAGUCAGCAGAGUGA